CAGGUCAUCAAGAAGAACAUCCUCAAGAAGGCGAUCGAGCUCUUCGGCGAGAUCCAAGAGAACACCGAGGACUUCAAGAAGUUUUACGAGUUCUCCAAGAACGUCAAGCUCGGCAUCCACGAGGACUCUGGCAACCGCGCCAAGCUCGCCGAGCUGCUCAUGUACCACUCGACCAAGUCGGGCGACGAGAUGACGUCGCUCAAGGACUACGUCUCCCGCAUGCCCGAGUCGCAGAAGGACGUCUACUACAUCACCGGCGAGACUAAGAAGGCGGUCGAGACGUCGCCCUUCAUCGAGCGCUGCAAGAAGCGCAACUUCGAGGUGCUCUACAUGACG